AAACAGCCCGCUCGGCUGGUUCCUGGAUUUCUCCCUCCCCCAAGAACUUUUUGUCCGCGGGAGGGGAAAUGGGGUUGAGGCAGUGAGAGCCAGAGAUCAACAAAAAAAUUAUCCACGAAGCCGGCAGGGGAGGAGGGUGGCAAGGUAUUGAGGUCAGAAGUACUGAGGCUCUGAGGACGCUCCGCGCUCUCCUCCCUCCAGCCCUCUGCAGCAGCCCUUUACGCCGCGGACACGGGAGAGUUAAGCCAAUAAACACGUAAGCGCCGCUCCCUCCCCAAUCGGCAAGAUGCCUCUUCGGCUCUUGGCUGCAUCGACAGCUUGCAACACUCGGCAUCUUUUCUGGAGGCGCCUCCUUCAGCGGCCGCAGAUGGCAUCCGGCUGCGGGCUCGGGGCUCGCAAUUGAUUCUCCCCCUUGCCCACCUCGAGUCCACGGACGCACCUCUCCCUUCCCGCUUCUGGGUCUGAGCCCAGCUCGCGACCGCCGGGCAGAGGAUCAGUCGCGGCGGCCGAGGCUGAGCAGCAGCGCUCUCGCUCCCUGACCUGGGGAGAAGCGCCCACCCGGGAGAGCUGAUUCCCGGCUGCCUCCAGCGCCCCCCACCUUUUGCACUCCAAGCCGGGGGCUCCAGAGACCCCGCUCCCCAGGCGCCACUAUGCUGGACCCUUCGUCCAGCGAAGAAGAAUCGGAUGAGAUCGUGGAGGAGGAGAGCGGCAAGGAGGUGCUAGCCUCGGCCGCGUCUAGCGCGCGCCUGUCUCCCAGCCGUACCAGCGAGGGCUCGGCCGGCAGCGCUGGGCUGGGGGGCGGCGGCGCCGGCGCCGGAGCCGGGGUGAGUGCAGGCGCCGGCGGGGGCAGCGGCGCUAGCAGCGGCGGCGGGGCCGGGGGGCUGCAACCCAGCAGCCGCGCUGGCGGCGGCCGGCCCUCCAGCCCCAGCCCGUCGGUGGUGAGCGAGAAGGAGAAGGAAGAGUUGGAGCGGCUGCAGAAAGAGGAGGAGGAGAGGAAGAAGAGGCUGCAGCUGUAUGUGUUCGUGAUGCGCUGCAUCGCCUACCCCUUUAAUGCCAAGCAGCCCACCGACAUGGCUCGCCGGCAGCAGAAGAUCAGCAAACAGCAGCUGCAGACAGUCAAGGACAGGUUUCAGGCUUUCCUCAAUGGGGAAACCCAGAUCAUGGCUGACGAAGCCUUCAUGAACGCUGUGCAGAGUUACUAUGAGGUGUUCCUGAAGAGCGACCGUGUGGCCCGCAUGGUUCAGAGUGGAGGCUGUUCCGCCAACGACUCCCGGGAGGUCUUCAAGAAGCACAUUGAGAAGAGAGUGCGCAGCCUGCCUGAGAUUGAUGGCCUCAGCAAGGAGACUGUGCUGAGCUCCUGGAUGGCCAAAUUUGAUGCCAUCUACCGUGGAGAAGAGGACCCACGGAAGCAGCAGGCCCGGAUGACAGCCAGCGCAGCCUCCGAGCUGAUUCUGAGCAAGGAGCAACUCUAUGAGAUGUUCCAGAACAUUCUUGGGAUCAAGAAGUUCGAACAUCAGCUCCUGUACAAUGCCUGCCAGCUGGACAACCCAGAUGAGCAAGCAGCCCAGAUCAGACGAGAGCUGGAUGGACGUCUACAAAUGGCAGACCAAAUAGCCAGGGAACGCAAAUUUCCCAAGUUUGUAUCCAAAGAAAUGGAAAACAUGUACAUUGAGGAGCUGAAGUCAUCUGUCAACCUGCUCAUGGCCAACUUGGAGAGUAUGCCGGUAUCCAAAGGCGGGGAGUUCAAGCUCCAGAAACUCAAACGCAGCCACAAUGCUUCCAUCAUCGACAUGGGCGAGGAGAGUGAGAACCAGCUCUCCAAGUCAGAUGUCGUGCUGUCUUUCUCAUUGGAGGUGGUAAUUAUGGAAGUCCAAGGCCUCAAAUCUUUGGCUCCAAAUCGCAUCGUAUAUUGCACAAUGGAGGUGGAAGGAGGAGAGAAACUGCAGACUGAUCAGGCCGAGGCUUCUAAACCAACCUGGGGCACCCAGGGUGACUUCUCCACAACCCAUGCACUGCCAGCUGUGAAGGUGAAGCUGUUCACAGAGAGCACAGGCGUCCUGGCCUUGGAGGACAAGGAGCUCGGGCGGGUUAUUCUCCAUCCCACCCCGAACAGCCCCAAACAGUCAGAGUGGCACAAAAUGACAGUCUCCAAAAACUGCCCCGACCAAGAUCUCAAAAUCAAACUUGCUGUCCGAAUGGAUAAGCCUCAAAACAUGAAGCAUUCUGGGUAUUUAUGGGCCAUCGGUAAGAAUGUCUGGAAGAGAUGGAAGAAAAGAUUUUUUGUAUUGGUGCAGGUCAGUCAGUACACGUUUGCCAUGUGCAGUUAUCGGGAGAAGAAAGCAGAGCCUCAGGAACUUCUACAAUUGGAUGGCUACACUGUGGAUUACACCGACCCCCAGCCAGGUUUGGAGGGUGGCCGAGCCUUCUUCAAUGCUGUCAAGGAGGGAGACACCGUGAUAUUUGCCAGUGACGAUGAACAAGACCGCAUCCUGUGGGUCCAGGCCAUGUAUCGAGCCACGGGGCAGUCACACAAGCCUGUGCCCCCGACCCAAGUCCAGAAACUCAACGCUAAGGGAGGGAAUGUACCUCAGCUGGAUGCCCCUAUCUCUCAAUUUUACGCAGAUAGAGCUCAAAAACAUGGCAUGGAUGAAUUUAUCUCUUCCAACCCCUGUAACUUUGACCACGCUUCCCUCUUUGAGAUGGUACAACGCCUUACUUUGGAUCACAGACUUAAUGAUUCCUAUUCUUGUCUGGGCUGGUUCAGUCCUGGCCAGGUGUUUGUACUAGACGAGUAUUGCGCCCGAAAUGGAGUCCGGGGGUGUCACCGACAUCUCUGCUACCUCAGAGACUUGCUUGAACGGGCAGAAAAUGGCGCCAUGAUUGACCCCACCCUUCUUCACUACAGCUUUGCCUUCUGUGCAUCCCAUGUCCAUGGGAACAGGCCUGAUGGAAUCGGAACUGUGACUGUUGAAGAAAAGGAACGUUUCGAAGAAAUCAAAGAGAGGCUCCGAGUUCUGCUGGAAAAUCAGAUUACACAUUUUAGGUAUUGCUUUCCAUUUGGUCGACCUGAAGGUGCUUUGAAAGCUACUCUCUCACUCUUGGAAAGGGUUUUGAUGAAAGAUAUUGUUACCCCAGUGCCACAAGAGGAGGUAAAAACAGUCAUCCGUAAAUGUCUGGAACAGGCUGCGUUAGUCAACUAUUCUCGGCUCUCAGAGUAUGCCAAAAUCGAAGGGAAAAAGAGAGAAAUGUAUGAGCAUCCUGUCUUCUGCUUGGCCUCCCAAGUGAUGGAUUUAACCAUUCAGAAUCAAAAGGAUGCAGAAAAUGUAGGCCGAUUAAUCACUCCUGCCAAAAAGCUUGAAGAUACAAUACGUCUUGCUGAACUAGUUAUUGAAGUUCUUCAGCAAAAUGAGGAGCACCACGCAGAGGCCUUUGCGUGGUGGUCAGAUUUAAUGGUGGAGCAUGCGGAGACGUUCCUGUCACUCUUUGCAGUAGACAUGGAUGCAGCCUUAGAGGUGCAACCUCCAGACACAUGGGACAGUUUUCCACUAUUUCAGCUGCUGAAUGAUUUUCUCCGUACUGACUAUAAUUUGUGCAAUGGAAAAUUUCACAAACACCUGCAAGACCUGUUUGCCCCACUUGUUGUUAGAUAUGUGGAUCUGAUGGAGUCCUCAAUUGCACAAUCCAUUCACAGGGGCUUUGAGCGGGAGUCAUGGGAACCAGUCAAGAGUUUAACCAGUAACCUACCCAAUGUGAACCUACCCAAUGUGAACCUUCCCAAAGUACCAAAUCUACCAGUUAACAUCCCUCUAGGCAUCCCACAAAUGCCUACUUUUUCGGCACCGUCAUGGAUGGCUGCUAUAUAUGAUGCGGAUAAUGGGUCAGGCACCUCAGAAGAUCUGUUUUGGAAACUUGACGCCCUUCAGACCUUCAUUCGGGACUUGCACUGGCCUGAAGAAGAGUUUGGAAAGCACCUGGAACAACGGCUGAAGUUGAUGGCAAGUGACAUGAUCGAAUCUUGUGUCAAAAGAACCAGGAUUGCAUUUGAAGUUAAGCUGCAAAAAACCAGUCGAUCAACAGAUUUUCGAGUCCCACAGUCAAUAUGCACCAUGUUUAAUGUUAUGGUUGAUGCCAAAGCUCAAUCAACAAAACUUUGCAGCAUGGAAAUGGGCCAAGAGCAUCAAUACCAUUCAAAAAUAGACGAACUAAUUGAAGAAACUGUUAAAGAAAUGAUAACACUCUUGGUUGCAAAGUUCGUUACUAUCUUGGAAGGAGUGCUGGCAAAAUUAUCCAGAUAUGACGAAGGGACUUUGUUUUCUUCUUUUCUGUCAUUUACUGUGAAGGCAGCUUCCAAAUAUGUGGAUGUACCUAAACCCGGGAUGGACGUGGCCGACGCCUACGUGACUUUCGUCCGCCAUUCUCAGGAUGUCCUGCGUGAUAAGGUCAAUGAGGAGAUGUACAUAGAAAGGUUAUUUGAUCAAUGGUACAACAGCUCCAUGAACGUGAUCUGCACCUGGUUGACGGACCGGAUGGACUUACAGCUUCACAUUUAUCAGUUGAAAACACUAAUUAGGAUGGUAAAGAAAACCUACAGAGAUUUCCGAUUGCAAGGGGUCCUAGACUCCACCUUAAACAGCAAGACCUAUGAAACGAUCCGGAACCGUCUCACUGUGGAGGAAGCCACAGCAUCAGUGAGUGAAGGUGGGGGACUGCAGGGCAUCAGCAUGAAGGACAGCGAUGAGGAAGACGAAGAAGACGAUUAGACCGUUUGGUCCUAGAGUCCGCUGGGACAGAGUCCUGUAAUCAGUGCAUGUCCUUAGUCUGUUAGUUAAACCCAUUAGGGAAUUUUCUGUCAACUACCAUGCCCAUGAGAUGUUUAUCAAUACAACUGCCAUUUUAGCUAUGUGGUACCAAGAUUAGCAAAUGACCUUCAUAUCCACUGAUUUCCUGAUGUCCAUGUCUAUAUGUUUACAAGCAAUAUGGAGCACCAUUCUUUAAAUACUGUUCAUGGAGAAUACAUAGUCUAACCACUAGGCGUGUCCCUGUUAUCAGCAAAGAUCAGUGAUGCUUCAUUCAUGUACUAUGUAUGCAUUGGUGGUAAAUGGAUGUGAGGGCAAGUACACCAAGCACAUUCACUUUGUUUCACGUAUGUGGAUGCCAGUUAAUUAAAUGAGUACAUAAAUAAAUUAAUUAAAACACAUAGAUCUGCUUUGUGUUUUUAUUUUUAUUUUUUGAAAAACAAAAGGCAAGUCUCCAACAAUCAACUUUUGAUUCUUUCUGAUUCUUUCCCCUAAAACUAAAAAAUGAACCCCUUGUGUCCUUGUUAACCCAUCCUUUCAUUUACUUAUAUAAUUAGCCAAAAAAAGGAUGGCUACAUACCAAUGGAUUGAUUCUCUUAAUUGCCACGGCAAGGGGGCAAUCCUAUCAUGACUUAACAUCAAGCGCACAGUUCAAAACUACUGUCUUCUGUCAAAGUUUUCUCCUCUUAAAUGUUAUUUUGCUUUUACGUCUCAACUGUGUAUGUAAAAAAAACGAAUAUUUAAAUUACAACCCUAGACUAAAAAUGUGUUUAUAAUAAGAUGUGGAUAUUUCCUUCAGUAGAUUGUAACCAUAAUUUAAAUUAUUUUGUUCCACACUGUUUUUUAUAUCUGUCAUGUACAUUGCAUUUUGAUCUGUAACUGCACAACCCUGGGGUUUGCUGCAGAGCUAUUUCUUUCCAUGUAAAGUAGUGGAUCCAUCUUGCUUUUGCCUUAUAUAAAGCCUACAGUUAUGGAAGUGUGGAAAACUGUGGCUUCUCAAUAAAUAUUCAAAUGUCCU